UGGAGUCGGGAGGCUGGAAAGCAACUUGGAGGAGAGGGUACUAGCGCACGGCGGCCGCCGCCGGAGCGACUCGCGGGGAGUAGCAGCCGAAGACGGCGGCCGCCUCAGUAGCCACCGCGUGUGGAGGAUAAACGGCCGACACGGCCAACGCCGGGGCCAAUUAAGGCAGAGAGUUAGCGAAGACCAGGACUGUAGUCCCAGCGAAGACAGGGAAAGAAUCCGUGAAGACGGCGGCCACCUCUGUAGGGACUCUAGCAGAAGACUAAGUGAAGACAUCGGUUUCUCCGGCAGUGACUCUAGAAGAGUUAGUGAAGACCUGGGCAGUGUCUCUCUGGAGAGAGUUACGGGAGGCGGUGGGCGCCGUCACAGUAGCUCCUGGGAGAGAGUAAGGGGAGACCAAAGCUUCAGCAGCAGCGACGUGAAUUUAAGUGAAGUCGGGAGCCACCAAACUAGUGACUGCGAGGGACUGGUCAGAGAAGACCGCGGCCUGUGCUUCAGUGAUUCUUGGGAGGGUGUCAGAGUAGUCCCGGACCCCCAACCCAGCCACUCCCGGGAGAGAGGCAGUGACUACUGCAGACGCCGCCUCAGUGGCUCUUGGGAGGAAGGGAGUGUCGAUGGCGGCCACAGCCUCAGUAAUUCCUGGGAGGGAGUAAGUGAAGACCGCGGUUACGCGGCCAGCGACUCCUCCGGGGUGAGCGUCAGCGUAGACGCCAGCCGCUGCCUCCGUGGCUUCUGGGAGAGAGAACGUAUAGACGAGGGCUUCCACAGCGGGAACUUUUGGGAGAAAACCCGGGAGGAUCAGGUACCCGGGCUUAGCGACGACGAAGGCAGCCACUGCAGUGGCUCGUGGGUGACAGCAAGUGAAGACCGCCGCAGCAGCGGGGGCCUGGACUCGGGUCCUCCCCGGGGUCCGAGGGAUCGCACCAUGCCAGGGGCGUCCGAUUCAGGCCCUUCCACCUCCUCUAGGGAGAGUGCAACCCCGUGUGCCCGGAAGAAAGUGCAUUUUGGUAACAUACAUGAUGCUGUACGGGCUGGAGAUGUAAAGCAACUUUCAGAUAUAAUAGAACGAGGAGCCAGCAUAAAUGAAGCAGACAUUCUCCAUAAGUUUACCCCUUUACAUUGGGCAGCACAUUCUGGAAGUUUGGAGGCUCUCAUAAUCAACGGAGCAAAUCUGGCAUCUCAAGAUGAUCGUGGAUGCACUCCUUUACACCUUGCUGCAACACAUGGACAUUCUUUCACUUUACAAAUAAUGCUCCGAAGUGGAGUGGAUCCCAGUGUGACUGAUAAGAGAGAAUGGAAGCCUGUGCACUAUGCAGCUUUUCAUGGGCGACUUGGCUGUUUGCAGCUUCUAGUUAAAUGGGGAUGUGGAAUAGAAGAUGUGGACUAUAACGGAAACCUUCCAGUUCACUUAGCAGCCAUGGAAGGUCACCUUCACUGCUUUAAAUUCCUACUCAGCAGAAUGAACAGUAAAACCCAAGCUUUAAAAGCCUUCAAUGAUAAUGGAGAAAAUGUAUUGGAUCUGGCCCAGAGGUUCUUUAAGCAGAACAUUUUGCAGUUUAUCCAAGGAGCUGAGUAUGAAGGAAGUGAUCCAAAAGAUCAGGAAACCUUAGCAUUUCCAGGUCAUGUGGCUGCCUUUAAAGGUGAUUUGGAAAUGCUUAAGAAAUUAAUUGAAGAUGGAGUAAUUAAUAUUAAUGAACGUGAUAAUAAUGGAUCAACUCCUAUGCAUAAAGCUGCUGGGCAAGGCCACAUAGAAUGUUUGCAGUGGAUAAUUAAAAUGGGAGCAGACAGUAAUAUUACCAACAAAGCAGGGGAGAAACCCAGUGAUGUGGCUAAAAGGUUUGCCCAUUUAGCAGCUGUAAAGCUGCUAGAGGGACUACAGAAAUAUGACAUAGAUGAUGAGAAUGAAAUUGAUGAAAAUGAUAUAAAGUUUUUUUUAAGACAUGGUGUUGAGGGAAGCACUGAUGCCAAGGAUGAUUUAUGUCUCAGUGAGUCGGAUAAGACAGAUGCCAGAAUGAGAGCUUAUAAGAAAAUUGUUGAAUUGAGACACAUGCUGGAAAUUGCUGAGAGCAACUUUAAACACCUGGGAGGGAUAACAGAAGAAGAUCUAAAGCAGAAGAAAAACCAACUUGAGUCUGAAAAGACUAUCAAGGAGCUGCAGGACCAGCUGGAGUACGAACGGCUUCGUAGAGAAAAAUUAGAAGGUCAGCUGGAUGAGUGUCGUGCAGAGGUGGAUCAGCUCAGGGAGACACUGGAAAGGAUUCAGGUCCCCAACUUUGUGGUGGAAGAUGACUCUUCUUGUGAGUCAAGCAAAGAGAAGAGGCGAAUUAAGAAAAAAGUGUCUUCUGGGGGAGUUUUUGUGAGAAGAUACUAAUCAGUGGAAUAACUUUAAAUAAACUUGCUUUAUUUUUCUUGUAAAUUGAUAUAAAUGUAAGUCUAUACAAAUUCUCCUCAGAGUUCGUCUUAUGUACGAUUCCAAUUCUGAAGGCAGAGAUAUGUUAUAGUAUCAAAGGGAUUGCUAAAAUUCUAUGCACUCAGCUGGGCUCCCCCUCCCAGAAUAUUUUUUAAUAUAUUUAUGUAGACAAGACUCUACAUUUAUGAGGAAUUAAUUUUACAAGUAUUAACACAAACUUUAUAAGUCUAGUAAUCGAAAGAAAUAUAGACAUUAAAAAAUUAUUUUUUAUUUUCUAGAGAGUAUUAUUUUUUAAACUUUUCAAAUGACUUAAAAAGCAUCUGGAGUUGGGAGAAAAUGCAAAAUAAGAUGAGUAAAAGGGCAUCUUUACACUAACAACCAAAUGCCUCUGGAAAGUUUUAUAUAAAAUAUAACUAUGCUCUUGUAAAAGAAAAAACCCGUAUGUUUGCUAAAAAUACUGAUUUAAAUAAUCUGUUUUAGGAUUCAAUCCAUUUUUCUGUCUUGCAAGCUCUUUGUAAGAAGGCAAUAUAAAUAUGAGGCUGACUGGACAGGAUAAUA